AUGUUUUCUUGUAGUGGUGGGUCUCCUCGACGGCGAAGGAUCCCUUUGUCUCUGGAGAUACUUGAAUCGAAAGGUUCGAUUUGGUCUGGCGGUGGCUCUCGUCAACGGCGAGGGAGGUCUCUGUCGAAGGCACUCCGCGAAUCGCUCAGGGAUCAACUCCCGUUUGAUAUGUUAAGUGUAAAGAGAGCUUGGGAAGGUUCAUCAGUACGGUCAUUGGACAAAGGAAUACGCAGCAUCACGGUCAAGGAAGUGUUUCACUCUCUUCCAGCUGAGCAUAAGGAACGAAGGACGUGGACGGUCACAGAAGAUAUAGUGCUUAUUAGCGCGUGGUUGAACACGAGCAAAGAUCCGGUUGUAGGUAAUGAGCAAAGGGGAGACUCUUUCUGGAUAAGUGUAGCAACAUACUUCUCGGCUAGUCCCAAAGUUGCCGAGAGUGAUAAAAGAGGGCGUACUAAUUGCAAGCAACGUUGGCACAAGCUGAAUGAAGCAGUUUGCAAGUUUUGUGGGGCGUAUGAAGCAGCAACCCGAGAGAAAAGCAAUGAUAUGAAUGAUAAUGAUGUUCUCAAAUUAGCCCACGACAUCUACUUCAACAACCAUAAAAAGAAGUUCACACUUGAACAUGCUUGGAACUCUCUUCGCAAUGACCAGAAGUGGUGUCAACUCUCUACAGAGAAAAAUGAUAGCAGUUCCAAAAGGAGGAAGUUUGUGGAUGGUUCACAUUCUGUAAGCUCUCAGAUGAAUGAAAAUGAUGCUGCUGUAGAUGGUGAUGAAGGUCGUCCCUUGGGUGUUAAGGCGGAAAAAAGGCGUGGGAAGAAGGCGGUCGUUGAGGGGAAGGAGCGGGAAGAUUUUGAUCAUAUGUGGGAACUGAAGAAGGAGGAUUUGAUCCUGAAGCAAUCGCUCUCGAAGAUGAACCUACUUUCCCAACUUGUUGCAAGACAAGGAGACCUAGAUGAUGCAGAAGAAGUUCUGAAGAAGAAGCUCAUAGAAGCGUUGGUGUCUGCAGGGAUCUAA